UAAUUUGAAGACGUUCAUACAUAGGUACCAUUAACAGUAGUUCCACAGAGUAAUUCCUUUCUAUGUGCUCUGAAAAAAGCUUCUGAUUUCUCAUAGGAGUCCGCCUAUUUAGGAUAAAGCGAUUUCGGUGCUUAAACUCGUCGGGAUAACCCUAUAUCAUCGUUUUUCAUGAAUUAUUCACCGUUCCGACUAUCUUUUUUGGGUGACUGUAGAAAAUUUCAGUGUAAUUUGCGUAUGUUCCAUUGAUAAGAUUCUCGAGAAUCUAAAUCCAACAAAUGUAGCUAACUGUCAUCCGUAGUCUAUAUCAAUGACGUCAUCAAUAACACGGAUGGUGUCCUUAAUCCUCUGAGGUCUGAGAUCUCAGAGUGAGACUUCCUACCUGAUUCAGAUUAUAAGCAUAGAAGGCUCUUGUUGCCUAUGUUAAUCCUCGCGAUAUAUAUCUUUGCAGAGAUCCAGUUUCUUUGAAGUCGCUCACCGAUAGAGCUGUUACUACUGUAUCAGUGGUCACUAAAAUGCAACUCAAUGGGACAUUUGAUGUUAAACUUGGAAAGAGUUUUCUUGAUCGAGAUCCAACAUCAUAUAUGACAAUGCGUUGUGAUUUUAUGCCUGCCUCAGUAGACCGGUCACAACCUGGCUCAAUCAAGGUAAAUGAAGGUAACGAGGUUGUUGUUGACAUGCCUAAUGUAACAAGCACCACCUUGGAGGCAACAACUACAUUUCGUGGGACUGCUCGUUCUGUUCAGAAAGAAUGUAUUUUGAUAUAUAAUAAAAAGACCCAUGAAUUGACAUUAGAGCGAAUUGCACAUACCGUUCAGUUGAAGAAAACUCGUGAAGGACGAAAGCCUGAUACAGCCUGUCUUCCUAACUCGGAAGGUUCACAGUUGCUCCCGCUACCUGACCGUUCAGGUCAAGAAAGCAACUUGAAAUCUAUUCGACCUACUCCCCCUAAGAGAAAACCACCCAGUGAUCCUGAGAUGAUGUCUGUUACUUCAAAUACUACAGGACAACAGUCAUUGGAGAAGAAAACACACUCAAGAACUCUGAGUAGCAGUAGUAGUAGUAGUGGUUCCAGUAGCAGCAGUGAUAUGGACGCGGAGUCGUCGGACAGUGAUGAUGACGAUGAUGACGACACUGUUUCAGAUAGUGAGUCAAGUUCUACUCUGAGCAGUUUAUCAAGUGAAAGGAAGAAAUCAGCGAAAAAUAAGCAGCCACCCUCUUCAAAUACAAAAUCGGAUGCUAAAGCGGUGGUUAAUCCAAAUUUGUCAGCUCAUCGUAAAUUGAUUGAGCAUGAUUUGAAGUUAAGUGACUCUGACUCUGACAGCUGCAGUGACUAGGCAAUACUACAACCGAAGGGAUUAGUUUCCCAAUUAUUUUCAAAUAUAAAUUAUUAAUAAUCUUUACUGUAAAAGGGAUCAAUAAAAGUUGUAAAAUGUUUCUAAAAGUGAUUGUUUCUUCUGUCAGAUCUUGUGAUGCUAUUUUAUCUUAAAAUAAAUACUGUAGUUUACCGUGUACCACAUUCCAUUUUUUCAUUGAACAUUUAACAAUAAUCAUUAGUUCGUUGGAGAAUUUAAUCCACUAACUUUCUUCAAUGUUUACAAUGCGUAUUGCGGCAGUGUGUAUGUGUGUGGAGAAAAAUGGAUAGUGAUGUUUACUAUUUUGGUUGUACUGUGAUGGGGAUCUCAGGAUAAAUCUGCUUCACUGAUGGUGGUUGCAAAUAUAAUAGUAUUUCGUAUC